GUCAUGCGCUUUUGAGGUUCUCUUCCGUGCGCAAUCCAAGAUGGCGUCGCUCAGAGUAUUAGUCGGCUGCAAACGUGUCAUAGAUUACGCCGUAAAGAUACGUGUGAAACCUGAUAAAAGUGGGGUAGUAACUGAUGGAGUCAAACAUAGUAUGAAUCCUUUUGACGAAAUAGCAGUUGAAGAGGCAGUUAGACUUAAAGAAAAUGGUAUAGCUUCUGAGAUUGUUGCUGUGAGCUGUGGACCAGCCAAGAGUGAGGAAACCCUUCGUACAGCACUCGCCAUGGGAGCAGAUCGUGGUAUCCAUGUUGUUCUGAAUGACAAGGAGUAUGAAGGUCUUCAGCCUCUUGCAGUAGCCAAGCUUUUUGCGAAGAUCACAGAACAAGAGAAACCUAGUCUUAUUAUCCUUGGAAAACAGGCAAUUGAUGAUGAUUGUAAUCAGACAGGACAGAUGUUGUCUGCACUGCUGUCAUGGCCUCAGGCAACAUUUGCAUCCAAACUGGAACUAAAAGAUGAUAAACUGGGUGUGACGCGUGAAAUUGAUGGUGGUCUAGAGAUGAUUGACGUGAAGAUGCCAUGUGUCAUCACAGCAGAUCUACGGUUGAACGAGCCUCGUUAUGCCACUCUUCCAAAUAUCAUGAAAGCGAAAAAGAAGAAGAUUGACAAGAAAUCUCCUGGUGACUUGGGAGUGGACGUUGCACCCAGAAUAGAAACAAUCACUGUUGUUGAUCCGCCAGUACGCGAGGCAGGAAUUAAAGUAGAGACAGUGGAUGACUUGGUCGGUAAACUAAAAGAACAAGGAUUCUGCUGACCAGCUGAAGAAAUAGAUGCUGAAAAAUUGGACAGAAAAAAAUGAUCAUGCUCUUAAUUUGGCUUGGGUGUAAGAAUACUUCAUUUUUGGUGGAAAUGGCUUGCUCCUUUUUUAAUUGCCAAUUAAUUAUUUGUUAUCAAAUUUUGGCGCCGCUGAAAGCUGUACUUGUGUUUGUGUAGUUUCAUUGUAUCCUGUUGUGCGCCAUCGCCUAAGUGGAGAUCUAUGUUAUGGUAAAGCAAAUACAUGCACCUUUGCAGUGAGCCAUAUCGAAACCUCCAAGGAUUAAAACUCGUUACUGAA